AUGUCCCGGACGCUUGAGGUGACGGUUCGACAGGCCCUACAGAUCGCUCAGAACAGCCAGACAGGUGUGAUUGAUCCGCAGAUUCUCCAGAUACUCGAAAACUAUCUCAGCCGGACCUGGAGUCGCAUUCAAGCCGAGCCAGAUACCUAUAUUAUGGACGGACUGGAAUUCGCCGUCUUCAAUCACUUUAGGGCACGCUCGGAAUUUCAGAAUGAAACUGCAAGGAAGGCCGUUUCAAGAUAUUGGAACAGUCGGACUGCUAGCGACGGCGCUUGA